CCUCCAUCUAUCCAUCCAUCCAUCGGCUCAAACCUACCCACCCUCAGUCCAAAACCCGGAGCGUUUGAUGCGCGAUCGGAGGCGAUGCUGGAGUCCGGCGGCGGCGCGGUGCUAAAGGAGGGCGCGCUGGAGAAGCGCAGCGACGGUCUGCUGCAGCUGUGGAAGAAGAAGCGCUGCGUGCUGACCGAGGAAGGACUGGUGCUUCACCCACCCAGACACCACCACCACGACACCGCCUGCAAGGCGAAGGAGCUGCACUUCGCCAACAUGAAGACGGUGGACUGCGUGGAGCGCAAGGGCAAGUACGUGUACUUCACGGUGGUGAUGUCCGAGGGCCGAGAGAUCGACUUCAGGUGCCCGCAGGACGAGGGCUGGAACGCGGAGAUCACGCUGCAGAUGGUCCAGUACAAGAACCGCCAGGCGAUCCUGGCCGUCAAGUCCAGCCGGCAGAAGCAGCAGCUGCUCGUGGUCUCCGCGCAGAAGAUGCUCCGAAACGCGCAGUAGGAAGCGGCGAUAUCGACGGACGUUACCGCGCGUAAAAAGCGCUGGAUGCGCAUUACGGACGUCUCUUUAGUAAUGUCACCUUGC